AUGUGGGUGAAUACAUUCCCAUCUAAACAAGUCAAUGGUACCAUUACGAUUGCUUCUUUUAGCGACGACAAAUCUUGUACUUUAAAUCCUGUUCCUAUAAAUACUGUCAUACUAUUGGUACCAUUUAAUGAAGGAUUGAAUUAUGGAUGUUCAUCUUAUUCUGAUAUCAUUGAAAGUAACAUAUGGCUCCAGAAAAGGAGUCAAACGAUUAUUGAUAGUGUUACUGUAGCAUCGAAACCAUCUACGACUUAUCAGAGUUCCACCUCGGAAUAUUAUUCUAUGGUAACACAUACCACGACAGGUUAUCCCACUGAUACACCUACAUCUACCAUGACACGUAAUCCUGGUACCAUAACAACGAUUAAUAUAUCAUCUGAAACAAGUCGACCGGACCAUUGGAAUCGGGAUCUGAAAUUGAAACAACGCGAGGUCAUGAACCAUAUAAAUCCACGUGAUACAACAAAUGAUAGUUCACCAGGAAUAGAAAUGCUGAUAUUUACUUCAAUGAAUGGUGGAUAUCCAGGCAUUAAAGAAAAGUAUGUUGGCAGUUUACAGACACUUUCUAAAACUGCACCUGCCCUGACCUUGAUACGAAUAGCAGACAUGUCAAAUGUUUAUGAUUUCUUGAAUCAAACCUCAUAUGCAGUAGUUACGCGAGCACUUGGACUUAUUGUAUGGGGCAUUUACAAAAAUAACUAUACCCUAGAUAAUCCAAAACCAUGGUUACUCGCUGGGAUUAUCUUGUGUGCUACUUUUCGUAUCACUGAUGACCUCUCGUUUGUUAUUGGAUGUACCGUUCUGCUAAUAGCAUUGCAUUCCGAUUCAAUAUCAAAAUAUUCACACAUGACAUACGUAAGCAGCCCAGAAGAUACAGGUACCGAGAAUUCACGAGAUACUUCAAGAUCGUCAUCUAAUGGUGGAGGAACAAGUACACGAAAUGAUCGUCGAAAACGAACUACAAUAGAAAUCCUAUUUGGAAGGAAAAGUUUUGUGGGAUUGUGA